GUUAAAAGUUUUCUGUAGCUUUUUGUUUUUAAUAAUUGCCUAUGGUAUAUGUAUUUGUGUGGACGGACUGCGGUAAAUAAUAAUUUAUCUAGCGGAAAAUGUCUAGGCAAUUAAUUAAUGAUGGCAAUGCAUCUACGAGAAGCUUAAAAAGACACAAAUAAUUAUGUACCUAGAGGAUAAGUAGAGAUAGCAAAUAAAAUAAUGCUAAGAAGCAGGAUUAAGGCAGUGUCCACAUCAUAUAGACACUGCCUAGAUGUAGAUAGAACUUUAAUAUUAAUAUUGUCCAGGUAUAUUACCUAGUACCUUGGCAUACAGGUGUGGAGCUGUGGAUUGCUUAAAAGGCAUCAAGUAGUCUUAAUCUGGCACUGACUAAAUAAACAAACACACCAUGGGAAACUUGCAUCAGCUAUGCGGGGUUCAAGCUCUCGCUUCUCUGUUCAUUGCCCACAUGUCCAGGAAGCCGGUCAUAGAUCGCUUUGAGCUGAGAGACGCUGGGUACUUCUUCACCAGGCCCGCUGAUGUGUUACAGGUAGAAGUCGAGGAGGUUCUGAAGAAAAACAAUAGGUUUGGACCUAGGGAGGAGAUGAGGAAGAAAUACAGACAGAAUCCGAUACCCCGUCCAGGGUCUGUCCCAGACUGUGCGUGUCCAUCACUGAAUACUCCUUCGAUUGAUUCUGUCUACUCUUCGUUCAUUUCUCAUUCCAGUUCUGCUUCUACACUACCCACUAUUGCUGUUAAAGAGCAAGUCACUCCUAGAUUGGACGAAGCAUUGUGGCAGCUGGUGACUCAAGCUCUAAACAAUGCGUUGAACAACAUGUAUGUGGCGAGAGAACACGAGCUAUAUUACGAUGAAGCCUAUCUGUGUCUCAUGGGCUGUAUGCAGAAGGCGGUCGAGACCGUCUGGGGACCAAAGAUCCAAGAGAUAACUGGGAUUAUCGACUCUAUUAUAGACGACGUAAGGCGUAUUACAUCUGAAAAGCGCAGACUGAAACUAUUGAUGACUGAUAAGCUGCCUAGCAAAGUAAACAGAUUGAAGACUGACUUCAAAGGUUACGAAGAAAAUCCCGAUUAUCCAGACCUGAAGAAAAAAGAAAUACUGGAAACCUUAAAAUCUAGACAAGGCACCUACAAUCGCUAUCCGAAAGAUAAGUUUGGAGUUUAUUUGCCCACUUGCGACAAAAGCUUAGAUGUAAGUGUCACUUACGUGCCCCCUGGAUGUGAUGAAGAAGAGGAAUCCCUGAAUAAGACUGAUGAUGAACUGCCCCUUGAUGAUAAUGAAUAGAAUCUAUCUAUUUUGGAGCUUUAAAAUGUUGUUGAUGAAGUUAUGUGGUAAGAAUUUUAUUUUGCUAAGAGAAGUUUAUAAGAGGUUUAGUUUGUGAACACUAAGGAUAGCCAAGUGAUAUUAAGUGGAUUUUACUGUAAGCUAUUUAAUAAUAUUCAGUUUAAGUUGAUUUUACCAUGACCUUGUUCAUGCAUGACGUGUUAGUGAAAUUACGAUUAUGUUAUUCUAGUUUAUA